AUGGGAGCUGCAAUUAUGAGAAAUGGAAAGAUGAUAAAGGAUUUUUGGAGUAGAUUGCUGAAAAGAGAUGGAAAUAUUUGCAUAAGGAAAUUGAUGACUGACAUUGAAGAUGUUAAGAAGUGGAGUGAGAAGAAGGACAUAAUCCGUUUUGUGUAUAUUUGUGUGAUAGCUGGGUUGGUCAUGGCUACGAGUGAAACGAAAAAGAUAGAUCAUUUAUAUAUCAAGAUGGUAAUGGAUCUUCAUAACGUUCGUAAUUAUCCUUGGGGUCUUAAAGCUUAUGAUAAUCUACUAAAUUGUAUCAUGAAAGCAAUAUAUGCUCUGAAGAAAACCAAAAGCUAUGUUCUGGAUGGAUUCUCAUAUACACUUCAGAUAUGGGUGAUGGAAGCAAUUCCAGAAAUUGGAUCAUUGUUGGGAGAAAAGAUUAGCACUGAAUUCAAUGAAGGUCCUCGAUGUUCUAAUUGGAAAGGUGCUGCAAAGAUAUCAUAUGAGGACAUCAUCUCUGUGGACAGGUCAUUUAAAUCACAUGCUGUCUUUUAUCCAUCUAUUUCUUAUUUUGGAAACGAGGUCAUUAACGACAGAGAAUUUGUAUGGCGUGAUGAAAUCAGAGAUGGUGAAGUGGAUAAUAUGAUUGAAAAAAUAAAAUCUAGGAAAGAUUUUAGAGACCAUGUUUGGGAAAGUGUUGUACAUAAUCAAAUAGAAGGCGACAAUAUUGAGAAUGUGCAAGAGAAUGAUGUCCAAGGAAAGGAUGAUGUAACUGAAGAUGGUAAUGAGGUCGAUCAUAUGAGUGGGGUAACUGAAGAAGGGAAUGAAGAGAACCAUGUCUCCGGUAUGAACAGGAGUAAGAAAAAACAAUCUGAUCACGGUGCAGAGACACGCAAAAAGAAGUUGCUUUGUCAACGAGCAACAGCAACAACACAUGGAGCUUUAAAUGACAAAAUGAAUUCCUUUCUUAAAGCAUUGAUUGAUUCUUCUUUUGAGAAGUUUGAAAAGCGAUUGCAAUCAAAAGAGGAUGAUACAUCACUAGUGGAGGGUUUGGUCUCUACAUCUGAAACUACAAGAAAAACAACGAGAUUCACAACUUCGCAACCGUCCAAUCCAACAGAUCAGCCAAGUAAACUUGUACAGGACCUAAUGUCUUUAGAUGACGAUAUUUUAGACUUUAAUUUGGGUACACAAGAAUUUUUAGAUAAAUCUAUGGGACACUUAUCUCAACUGUCACAGCUAUCCGGAUUUGAUUCCACACAAAAUUUGGAUAAAUAUAUUCCUGACGUGGACAAAAAUGACAAGGAUGCUGUAUUGGUGUUUGUUUCGGAGGCUAGAUGGGAAGCUUUUAGGGAGUGGGAUAUGAAGCACGAGUAA